ACCCUUGAUGUAUUCAAGCUCUUGUUCUUCGCUUAUAGGCGCUACUCCACAUCUCUUCAUUUCUCCUUGACUCUUUUUGCUAUACGUUAUGUCUUCUCGGCUUCGUGGUUUAGACGCGUUCGAUCCCGAGGGUGCCGGGGAACAACCAUGCGGGACAUCGUCCAGUCUUGCACAGCAGGCUCUAACACGUGUGUAUGAACAGGACCAGAGACUACGAAAAAAUGGACCAAGGGUUUCCGAUCAGCCCCCAGAUCUGUCAUCGAAAGGGAAACCUAGGUUGCUCCUCAUGGGGCAGAGAAGGAGUGGUAAAUCGUCAAUAUCGAGCGUGGUUUUCCACAAAUUACCCCCGAGCGAGACUUUAUUCCUAGAAUCAACCGCACGUAUCCAAAAAGAUACUAUGCCAUCUUUCAUGGAUUUCCAAGUAUGGGAUUUUCCGGGUCAGAUCGAUAUCUUCGAUAAUCCAACUUUUGACAUCGAUGCCAUGUUUGGCGAGAUAGGUGCCUUAAUUUGGGUUAUAGACGCCCAAGACGAUUAUCUGGAGGCAGUAGCCCGUUUGAACGUGACUAUACUCAACCUCCAACGGACGUAUCCUAACAUUAAGAUCGAGGUGUUCAUCCACAAAGUAGACGGAUUAUCAGACGACUAUAAGUUGGAUAUCCAACGAGAUAUUACUAUCCGAAUCCAAGACGAACUGUGCGAUCACGGGUUUGAGAACGCGCCAGUCACUUUUCACUUAACUAGCAUAUACAAUCAUAGCAUUUUCGAAGCGUUUAGCAAGGUGAUUCAGAAGCUUAUUCCUCGGCUUGGUAUACUCGAGGCGAUGCUUACUAACCUAUGUCGAACCUGUCGCUUCGAAAAAGCAUACCUAUUUGACGUCUUGUCCAAGAUAUAUAUUGCAACCGACAGUGAGCCCGCAGACAUGGCAAGCUACGAGAUUUGCUCCGACUAUAUCGACGUCAUAAUAGACGUUACAGAGGUAUACGGAAGUUGGCCCCGUACUCAGAAGUACCGUGAAGCUCUGGAAGGUCCGCCUUGGAACCAGAAGAUCGAAGAUCAGGUAGCCUCGGGAUGUGCUGAGAGCUGCAUGGUGCUGAGCGAUGGCAACAAACCUAUAAUACUACGCGAGGUCGACAAAUACCUCGCGCUAGUUGCGAUCAUGAAGGAAGACAGCUAUGAUAAGAUGCCUCUUGUCAACAUGAACGUUGAGGUUGUCGUACAGGGUGUGAAGGAGUUCUUCGAGAUUACGAAGCCAAAAUGAGCAACAUUUCGGUCUUCCAUUUGGUUUUAUAAAUUGAGAAAAGAUGAUCUCCUGUAGGAGAAACGCCCAACUAUCUCUAUGUAUAUUCUGUGGCGUGGGGUGGUAUUCGACAAACGAAUGAACUACCAUUACAAUUACGAGAUGGGCUAUUCUGCGGUCCAUGCCAGUCUGGCAUAACUAUAGUCUAUGCUCCAUGAGCAAAAUUUGAGGGCAGCCAGAGCAGUCGUCUGAAUGAUAAGUUGAAUAUAAAAGGUAGUCUACUGAUAGCCUACGAAUUCUAUGCUGAAUAAACGCGAGACUUUGAAUCCUA